UUAUUUCCUGAAUUCAGACCUCGAUAAAGUCCUUAAGAUUUCAGCGCCCAACGAAUACCGAUCACGAUAAAUAUCUCACCGCAGCUAAAAGCACAGAGGUAUAUUGAACUGUGUGUCUGUGAAUCUAUUAAGAGGCGAGUCUCAAUGGCGAAGUGCCCUUUAUAUCCACAGCAAUUCCUUUCGAUCCAUUUUUAAUCCAGGUAAAACCACCGAAAAACAACCUUUCUGAAUGAAACAAAAUAAAAGGUUCUACUGGCAAAGUACCGUUAAGAUGUACUCGAACAUUUCUGAAGAUGAGAACGCCUCUACUACAUAUGAGGUCAAAAUGCCCUUCAUACCCAUGGUAGGGAUACUGGUGGUACAGUCCUUUGGCACUAUUGUUGGCAACGUACUCGUCUGUAUCGCUAUUUACAUCCAACCUAAUUUACAUACUGUGACGUAUUGCUCGAUCUUCAGCCUCGCUUUGGCGGACCUUAUGGCAGGCAUGAUCGCUAUGCCUUCGUACAUUGCCAAGAAGUUCAUCGAACAUGGACCUUAUGCGAAAUUCGUCUGCGAUGCUUCACGCUUCUCAUAUUUUAUCAGCGGUUAUGCUUCUAUACUGAGUUUAUCUGUCAUCAGUGUAGAGCGCCUGGUUGCAGUAAAGAAUCCGCUGGCUUAUGUGAACGUGGUGACACGCAAGCGAAUAUUGAUGGCUUUGGUAUUGAUUUGGGUCGACACGCUCGUAGUGUCACUUCUGCCUUUCAUACCCCUCCCUGGGAGCGAUUCACAGGAGUGCAAUUACGAACCCACCUGGUGGUGGAGCGUCAUGGUGAUUGUCAGCAACGUCAUCGUUCCAUUCCUCGUCAUUGUUCUAUGUUACUUAUAUAUUUAUUUCAUCGCUCGAACCCAUAUGCAAAGAAUAAAAAGCGAGAGAAAAUCUGUUCGUGUGUCUCUCACUAACAAAAGGAUUGGCGCCAAAGAGCGCAAGGAACGCAAAGAGCGGAAAGCAAACGUAACCAUUAUGAUAGUGAUAGGUGUGUUCGUUGUAUGCUGGUUCCCCUCUUGCAUAUACUACUUUCUACAAAAAGUAUGCCCCCAAUGCUUCCCAGAAGACUUUACGGCUUCUAGAGGGAUUAUUAACGCGUUAGUCAAGAUAUUGACAUUUACAUCUUCGUUCUGUAACCCUAUCAUCUACUGCUGGCGGAGUAACGACUUUAGAAAUGCCUUUAUCAAGAUAUUGCUGAGGAAAUCUAGAAACCUGUCAGCGUCUUUUCGUAGCACAUCUAGGUCAAGCGCUAAGGGGAAUAGUUCGCUUAUGAAACCCAAACCGAACGAAGAUAACACGAAGGAUGUGAACUCGUUGAAAAAUAAUAACGAAAAAAGUACUGAAAUUUAAAUAACCUAAAUUUCCAUUUAUCUCCAGCCGUGAUCUAUGCACUGAGGUUUUUGCUUCAUUAAUUGCAUGAGGCAGCUAACACUAAAAAUGAUUCUCUGUAGAAUGUAUUUUUGGCACCUGACUGAACAGGCUUUCACCAAAUAGAAACAUUAGCACCACGCUUAAACGUGUUUCCUCGAUCAAACGAGUUUCCUCUAAGAAAUGGAUCACUGGCACCAUGAAUACUUAAAUGCUUUCACUGACUGAAUAUUUAAUCAUUAGCACUUUUUUAACUUUAAAAAGGCUUCCACUAAGGAAAAGAUCACCAGAACUUGACUUGGAUACUUCAACUAACCGAAUCACUAGCACUUAAAAGGUCUUCUAUCGUAAAUUUGGUGACUUAUUUUUAACAGGCUUAAAUCACAAUCUGGAUCAUUUUCUCUUAAAUACUUCAAAUAACGGAUCCUAGCACUUAACAGGCUUCCAGUGAUGGAAUGGAUAACAAACUCAACCGGACUAUGUAGUAUAGAGGGAUUGACUUAUGAGCACUAAACACUGCAUGCAGGAUUGCACUACACCCGGUCAUUAGCAAUUAAUACGUUUUCCUUAUAGCCGUAAUCAUCUGCACUUAACAGGCUUAUUUUAAAAACUCAACAAGCAUCGUCUAUAAGCUGAUUCACAGGAUGGGUCAUAACGUUUUGCACGCUUCCAUCCCAUGUAUCUGAUAUACACACAACGGGUUUUUAGUGGUAUGCUGGGCAGGUGGGGGGCUUCACUGAUUAGUAGCCCUGACUUUAAGACUUUAUGACUUUACGACUUUAUUUAUUUACAAAUAUAUAUAUAGUGUAUGUUCAAGUUAAAAACAGCAUUUAAUCUCAUAGGAGAUGAACACUAGAAAAAGAAAGAAAAAAAUAUAGAAAAGGAUAAAGAAGAAAAAGGAA